AUGCCAGGUGGUGAUCUCUAUGAAAUCUCGGACAGUGGAGGCACACUAAGUGGUGGCCAACGGACGAGAGUGGCGUUAGCCAGAGCUUUAUAUCAAGAGAACUCCGUGUAUCUGUUGGAUGAGCCAUUGGCUUCAUUGGACCGAAACGUUGCCAAUUCAAUUUGGAUUGGAGCAAUAGAAAAGACGCUUAGAGAUCGCGGAGCCCCUAAAGAAGUUCUUAGUGAAGAAUGGGCUCAAUUUGAUACAGAUGAAGAUGAGUCAAAUUCUGUAGAGGAGUCGGAUCGUAUCGUUCUGCAUGAGGAGGAAAGACAGGUUGGCACAGUAAAAGCUUCAGUUGUGCAGAGGUACAUUGAAGCCACUGGACGUAUUUUAACUGCCUCAGUCAUUGUUGCACUAUUCUUGAUGCAGUUCUCCAAGAAUACAGCGGACUGGUGGCUCAGCCGGUGGACUCAGGCUCAACAUAACAUUACCUCUCUACUUCUUCGUGGAGUGCAAAUGGAUCGUUCUGUGCGCUUCUUGAUGAUUUAUGCAGUAAUAGCAACAGCGAAUACCAUAUUUACUCUCAUUAGGGCCUUCCUGUUCGCCUUUGGUGGGAUUUUGGCAGCUAAACACCUUCAUAUGGAAUUACUUCAUAAAUUGCUCAGGACCUCGAUGUCUUGGUGGGAUCGCACUCCCUCUGGACGCGUUAUCAAUCGCAUCUGUUCUGAUGUUUACACUUGUGAUGACAACUUGCCAUUCCAGGUUUUCACUGAGCUUUCUUUUCAAUUGCUAAACAUCCUGCUCGCAUCCUUUUUCAACCUUCUUGGUACUCUGGUGAUUACAGUUAUCGGGCUUCCACUCAUGUUCCCAGUCUUUGCGCUGUUGAUGACACUUUAUUAUUUUAUUCAAAAAUACUAUAGUUGGCGUCAUAUAUUUAGUAUGUAUUCCUGUAAAGAAGCAGUUAUUCUUGUUUUCUUCAUCUAUUUUGUACUCAGACUUACCACCGUCGAGCUGAAACGCCUUGCCUCUCUGAGUCUUUCACCGUUAUACUCUCAUCUGGGAGAUACAGUGAAUGGAUUACCUACGAUUAGAGCUCAACGUUUUGUAGAAAGAUUUGCCACAGCUUUGCGUGAACAUCUGACUGUGAACAUGCGCGCCCAGUACUCAUUAAUCGCAGCUGGCCAAUGGCUAUCGGUUCGACUUUCUUUUAUUUCCAUAAGCAUUGUCGCUACGAUCGCAAUGACGGCAGUCGUACAGCAUCAGAUGAAAGGCGUAGAUUCAGGCAUGAUUGCGCUAGCAAUAACGUACGCUUUGUCGCUAACUGGUCUUUUAAAUGGCUUAUUGGGUUCGUUCAUUGAAACUGAGAAGGAGAUGAUUUCUGUGGAGAGGAUCGAUGAUUACCUUACAAAUAUCGGUCGCUAUUACGAUAACAUCACUGACAUAUCUGGACAUAUUGAAUUUAACAAUGUUUCACUGCGAUAUAGCGGGUACAUGCCGUUUGCUUUGGACAACGUCAGUAUUUCGGUUCCAGCAGGGCAAAAAAUGGCCAUAGUGGGAAGAACGGGAAGCGGAAAGACUAGUUUGUUACAGGCGUUGCUUCGGAUGGUUAACAUUGAAUCAGGUGAAAUAAAGCUGGACGGAUUGAAUACUACAUUAAUUCCUCUGAACGUGCUUCGGCGUGUAUUCGGAGUAGUACCGCAGCAUCCAUUUAUAUUUAGCGGAUCCCUGUACGAGAAUCUCACUGUUGGCUGUGAUAGCGUGGAAAUGCAUCAGGUUGCCAACAUAACUCAUCUUGCUAGCCUAGAUUCUCUCGUGACUCGAAUUGGUGGGUUAGACGGGCAUAUUGAAGAGGGUGGUAGGAAUCUUUCAUUCGGUGAGCGGCAGAUCAUUUCAAUUUGUCGUGUGUUAUUGGCCAAAGCUAAGAUUGUACUUAUCGAUGAAGCGACGUCUCACCUCGAUGAAGCAGCGCAUAGAAGAAUGUUGUCGUUGAUAAUGAAUUAUCUGCCAGAUGCAACACUGAUUUGCAUAACUCAUAUACUUCAUGGUUUGUCGGAAUUUGAUGCGGUAGUCGAAAUGGCAAAUGGGAAAGUUGUUGGUAUCAAAUCACCUCAGGAAGAGGUUUCGCCUCAUACCCUUCGUAUUGUUCUUAUUAAAGCUGUGGUUCGCUUCUCGAGCCAGAGGCGAUUUCUUCUUUGCGGACUGGGCGCUGGACCACAUGUAUGUUUUGCUCCUUUAAAUCAGUUCACUGCUUUUGUGAAAAUGCUAUCUACAGUCAAGCUCAUCGAGUAUCAACUGUAUUCUAUAAGUUUGGUUGAUGAGUGGAACGAAAACUCGUCCAUGCGGACGAAGUCAGUUGUCAUCAGUACGGUGCGAAUUGUAUGCAUAGAAUGGAUCAUUACUAGUAAUGCCGAGGUUCGAAAGUUGAUUUUUGAGCUGCUGCGAAUAUUUUGUCCAUAUCAGUCGAUUUCAUAUUGCUAG